GGCUGUGCAGGUGGAGAGUAUCACCUUCAAUGUUCAGUAAGAUCGGAACACAACAGCGGACAGGAUGCCCGAACCACUGUGCUUGACGAACAGAUGAAACCUUCUACUCAGCGUUAUCCACUCGAUCGAUAUUUGGCUGAAAGCAGCGAGGACAUGGAUAUGGCCAAAAUUAUAGGUAAUGAUUUAUGGAAAUCUGAAGCAGCUUUAAGACCUGAAGAUGAAAUUCUACUAAGAAAGCUACGCGAAAUGUUACAAUCCACUGCAGAUGAUCUGAAAUUAUUAUCUGCAGAGUUUUCUAGAAAUCAAGAAUCAGCUUUAAACAUUCUUCCCACACCAAUGGACGAAGAAUUUAAUGAGAAGAUAUAUAUUGAAGAAGUUGUCAAAGCUAAGUUCCUAGGACAGGCCCCGAUGAAAAGUCAAAAUUAUGUAGCUAAUAACAGACUCAGCGAAAAAAAAGCGUCAACAAGAAGCAUUUGUCCUAAGCCGGACAGCAAAAAACAAAACAAGAAACUGAGUUUUUCCCGAACAAAAGUAAUUGACAUAAAAGAAAGUACAAAUAAAUCAAGUAAUAGUAAAGAGAGUGAUAAACAACCUGUUAUUAUGGGACCUGAAAAGAUUAACCGAGGCCCAAAACAAUGUGCAUCGGUUGCAUACAACGAACUAGUUCAUAAAUGUGAAAAAGAGAGUGGUAAUAUUUUAAAAAAGGAACUUAAAUUACAAGAAAUGCCAAGUAUAAACAUAAGAUGUGAGUUGAAAAUGCAAAAGGUUUUACAACUGGAUAUAUUACCCAAUACAAGUGAUUCGGUUACUUCUCAAAACAAGCGCAAUGUGGCUGUUAUUGCUGUAUCUCACGAAGACCCCAAAUUAAUGGUAAAAGAAAUUAUUCAACCCAGUGAAAUAUAUAAACCAAGACCUAAUGAUAAAAGAGACUCUAAAAGAAUUAUUUCUAGAAUGUCAACUUAUGAUAGUAGUGAAUCAUCAAAUAACUAUGAUAACAAUCAUUGCAACUAUCAAAAGUAUAAUAUAAAAUUAACUAUUCCUAAAGAUCCAAAAAAGAUAAAAACUAUAAGAAAAAAAGCAGGCAACGUUAACUUUCCUGUACCCAAGAAAUCUUUAGAUGACUGGAGGAAAAAAUUAAAUGAUGUGUAUGGUCAAUCAACCUCUAAAAACGAUGGUAAAAUAUGUGAAAAAGUUAAAAACAAUAAUAGACGACUAGCGCAAACAACGUCCGCCGGACAACAACGAGAGCUUAAUAAUACUGAAUAUAUUCCAUAUUCUAAACUUACUUUAGGUGGAGUUAAUGUUAAUGAGAUCGAGAAGGAAUUAUCAAAUAAUAUCUAUAAAAAUGACGCCCCCUUAAGCCCUGUCUUAAAUAAAAUAACAAGCAGAAUACCAUCCUUGCAUGUACAACAAAAUCACGGUAAAUACAAGAACUCAGGCGAUGUUAAUCUUUUAACUACUUCGGAUGAAAAUUUACUACAGGAAGUAUUAGAUAUCGAAGAGAAAGUUAGUUUAACACUUUCCAAGUCCGCCAAAAGUAAUAAUCUAACUGCUGAAAGACUCCAGGAACCUUCACAUAGAUCAGAUAAUAGUAUGAACGACUUAAAUACUUACGCAGAUGACUUUGAAAUCGAGAAUUCUGACGAUGGCACUGAGCACCAAGAUCAACAGCAUUCUAAAAUAAAUGGUAUUCAAACUCUUGGCCACCAAGACGAAAAAACUGUCACGUAUAAAAAAAGUCCUCAAAAUACGUCUUCGAAAAUUCUUAAUUUAUCAUUUAAGAAUCAGGUGGAUACUUAUGAAUAUAUUCAUACCAUAGAUGUUCAAGACAUUGCAACCCAAAGUAAUUAUUUAAAUAAAAUAUCUCUUAAAGAAACUCAAACUUCGCCGAGGUUAGAGAGUUCCAAAGUACAAACAAUACACAAUGAUCUAUGCUCAACUUUUACGCCAAAGUGUGACAUCGAAAAACUUUUUGCACUUGAAAAGGAUUUCAUCAAAAAAGUCAUAGUCGAGGAAUAUGCAGAUGUUAUCGAUAAGAGCUAUACAACUCAAGAAAGAAAUAUCGCCAAUACGCAAAAGAAUACACAAACCUCUCCAGCCAGAGUUAAAAAUGUUAUGACAUCGCCGACCAAAACUAAAACGAGGGCUACAUCACCACUUUCAUUACAAGUUACGAUAAAUAAAGAGACAAGUCCUAUAGUUAUGGUUUCAAAUGACGCAAAAAAUGUUCAAGAUGAAAGAGACAUCGAAAGGGAGGAUAUUUCCAUUAACUUAUCUUCGCCCCGGUUCAGUUUGCGGCUUCCAACAUCAUCCCGUGAGUUAUUGCAAAAUGUUAAUGAUGUUACGCGACCCAAAUCAAACCUUAAAGGAAAAUUGAUUAGAAAACCUUUAAGCAGCUCUAGUUCUUUGGACGGUGAUUACUCAUCAUCAGAUAUUAGCAGUAUCGGUGAAAUAAAUUUACAGUAUAAAAGAAGUUUGAGGGGACACGUAUUUCCAUUGAUCUCGGAGCCAAGUUCUGUAUCAAAAUAUAGUUCGGAUGAGUGCUCUGGUGCGCAGCCCCUCAAAAGUGAUGGUGAAAUAAGUUUUGGACAAAGAAGGAAACAAAAAAGUAAUGUUAGUAAGAGUGAAGGAGAAGUGAGUCAGGGACAGUUAAAAUAAAUAAUGCAGGGUAUUGUUUUUAUUGGGCUACUUUUGAAUAAGUGCGAACACUUGCGAAAUAUCAAACAGCUCGAUUUUCGCACUCGUGAACUCUCUAGAAUAUUAUAUGACAUAAUUGAUAUAAAAAGCUUACCUGAACGCUUUGAAAGUGUAAUCAAUAACGGUACGAUAAGUAUUUUUAGUACAUAGAGUAAAUAUCAAAAUGCCUUAAUAUUUUACUACGCAAUAUUUUAUUAAAGCCUGAAGUACAAACAAAUUAAUAUUUUAAUAAUCGUAAUAUGUUUAUCAUUGUUAUAUUUUUUACCUUAUUUAAUUCGCGUUAAGUGGAUAAUAUGUGUUAGUAUUAUGAUUUACAUUAUAAGUAUAAUUAAAUAUUGAAUUUUCGAAAUUA